AUGCAAAAACGUCCGCAGGGUUUUGGCUGGUUGCUGAUUUUUUUCGGCAUGUGGUUUCAUGUGAACCACAGUUCGUACUUGCUGUCUCACCUUUUUACCUCAAACCCUACAAACACCUUUCUGGUCAUCGAACGAAUUCCAUUUUUGUUGGUUGGAGCGUUCCAACUAGGAAUCAAAAUUUUAAAAAUGCAGUUGCAUGAAAACUGCCGACGACAAUAUUCCAUACUCAUGAGUUUCAUGAUCUUGGCAGAAAUGGCAUUUGUUAUUUUGCUAACAACCUUACGGACCCAACCAAUGAAACUUCUUCUGACAUACUGCAAGUCACGAUGGCUUGGGAUUACCUGCAUAAAAAAUAGAAGUUGGUUAAUCGGACGACAUUGUGACUUGGCCAAAGUGGUCCGACUAAGCGGUUCCUCUCAGAGUAACACGUUAUUUUUAUACAAAAAUCUAAAGUUAUGGUUAGGAGAUAAUCAGUUGAGUUGUUGUGGUGUUCAAGGCCCAAAGGAUUUUAUAAAUUCGUCUUGGCAACUGCACAACAAAGAUUCAUUCGGCGAAUUUGUUCCAACGUCUUGUUGUACUGGAGUGAUUAUUAACCAUUCUGUUAACAGUAGAAACAUCAUGAAAAACUACCAGAUCAAACGCCAAGUUAGCGAGUACCAAAUGUGUCAAGCAGAAGCAGUUUUACAUCCAAGACCUCCGAAAGAUUCUUUAGGGACCAUACACACACAGGGGUGUUUUGAUGUUAUACAAAACAUAUUGAACGGUCAAAUGAAAACAAUCACCAUCACCAUGGUUAUCUUAAUCUGCAUCCAGAUUAUAGACCUGGUUCUUGCUUGUGUUCUGGUCUCGUGGGUAAAAAAGAAGCAAUCGGAUUAUUGGUGGGGUGAUGGAGACGAUUGUGGCUAAAUCCAUGCAUCGUGGAACUUGAUAUUAUAAUUGCAAUAAUUAUUAAAAUUUUUAUGAUGGCUGAACUUUCAAUUAAAUUUUUUUUAAUUUAGAUGCGACAUUAAUAGUUUUAUCGUUCUAGCUUUUGUCUUAUUUAUUACGAGAUCAUGAGUAAUAAAACUUUAAAAUAACAAUAUUAUUUUAAACGUCACUUUGAAAGUUGUGUUUUAAAUAAAUUGAUAAGUUCAUUU